AUGUCGUUUGGCGGAGGGGGAUUCUCCUUCGGUGGGGCCUCUAACAAUAACAACAACGCUGCUGGCGGAGCAGGCGGUGCAGCCAACAAGCCUUUCUCCUUUGGAGGCGCGUCCAACACUAGUGGGUCACUCUUUGGCUCUCCCGCGGCAUCCGGUGCACCUUCGUCAACCCCAGCGUCCACUGGGGGGCUUUUCGGGUCGAACAACAACACAACAAACACCAACACGGGCGGCUUCUCGUUCGGCGGAGCGGCCAAGCCGGCUGCCCCCUCCGCAGGUGGCUUUUCCUUCGGCGGUGCUGCUUCUUCUUCUACUCCUGCUCCAUCUGCACCUGCUGCGUCUACCCCAACCUCGAGUAGCGGGUUCAGCUUUGGCGCUCCAGCAGCGAACAAGCCAACAGACAACACGAAUCCUGCUGCUCCUGCAACCUCGGCUCCUGCUUCCAGUGAAGGGUUUUCGUUUGGCGCAAGCAACACAGCAUCCACUGCUUCCGCGCCGACCAAACCCGCGGGUACGGGCGGGUUCUCGUUCGGCGGCAGUUCCACAUCUGCUGCUACCGGCGCAUCCGCUUCGACCCCCCCUGCCAGUGCUGCGAGCGGGCUGAGCGGAUUUGGAUCGUUCAAGCUCGGCGGCGGUAAUAACGGCACAGCCGACACGUCGUCAUCGACCCCCGCAGCUGGAGGAGCUUCGGGCGGAUCGCUAUUCGGUGGCGGCGCAUCCAAGCCUGCAUCCGGUGGAUUUUCGUUCGGCGGAGCAUCCACGGCUACUCCUGCUUCGACUGCCGCACCAGCAACCCAGGCUGCUGCUACUGCACCUGCUGCUUCGUCUGGCGGCUUCUCAUUCGGCAACGCUUCGACCAGCUCCACUACAGCUUCUACCGGCACUACUGCUCCUGCUGCCGCUCCGGCCAAGUCAGCGCUAGGAGGGUUUUCAUUCGGAAAUAACACACCAGCUGCGAGCACUCCUACACCAGCAGCGGGGGACGCAAAACCCGCUGCACCGGCGGCCACGGGAGGAUUCUCGUUUGGCAAGCCCGCCGCUGUUGCUCCGGCUACUUCGACGGCGACUACGACGACGUCUGCGCCUGCAGCCGCUGCUCCGGCUGCACCGGCUGCGACGGGCGGAUUCUCGUUCGGCAAACCAGCGGCUACCACGGCUGCUCCGGCAGUACCAGCAGCUGCAGCCAAAGAUGCUGCUGCUGCUGCCGCGCCCACAAAGCCUGCUGGCGGAUUCUCGUUCGGUGCCGCUCCUGCUGCUGGUGUCGGCGCUGGCACUGCCACGUCCAAGCCUGCUGAAACCGCCCCCGCUGCCGCUGCUGCUACUCCUGCACCCAACGCUGCUACUGCCACCACCACAGGCACGGCUGCCGCUGUGGGACCCAUCCCGACGCCUUCGCUGCUCCGGGGCAAAAGCAUGGACGAAAUCCUGAACCGCUGGUCUACCUCGCUCGACACUUCGGUCAAGGAGUUCUCGCGGCAAGCGGCCGAGGUUGCCGCAUGGGAUAAGGUACUGCUCAAAGGCGGCGACGAGAUCUCGUCGCUGCUCGGCGCGCUGUCUGCAGCCGAGGAGAAACAGGCGGGCAUCGACCGGACGCUCGACUACCUCGAGGCGUCGCAGGCGGACCUCGCCGCGCUGGUGGGCGAUUACGAGGCGCAGGUGGACGCCGUGCUCCCGCAGGUGGCCGGCGCCGGCGCAGUGCAGGUGACCAGUGCGGAUCUGGAGAGGGAGCGCAGCUUUGCGUUGGCCGAGACGCUCAAUGGCCAGCUGGACGAUGUCGCGCGCAACUUGGCCGCCAUGAUUACCGAGCUCAACGCCAGCAGUAAUGGCGCUGCGAGUGCGAGUGCGAGUGCAGGCCGUGUUGGCGGCCCUGCUGAAGAGGUCGGCUCUGUCGACGCGCUCAUCAGCGAGAGGGAUGGCAGCAUUGGCCAGAUCGUCGCCAUCUUGAACGCGCAUCUCGGCAGUCUCAAGUGGAUCGACCAGAGCACGCAUGCCCUGCGCAGCAAGUUGGACGGCCUGAGGAGAGGACAGGUGUGA